UUACGUGCAGUCUGCAUUAAUUUUUGUCGAGAGUCUCUACGACUCAGAAUUGAACUGUCCACAUCGAGCGUCGUCACUUUUUUGUUUGUUUUGUUUUGUUUUCUCCCUUUGUUUUCCACCAUUUGUUAAACAGUGUACAACACGUUUUUUGUGUUAUAUUUUAUUUCUGUUAAUACACCGGAAUGGAACUUAAUUCUCUUCUUCUUCUUCUUGAGGCAGCAGAGUAUUUGGAAAGAAGAGACAGAGAAGCUGAACACGGUUACGCAUCUGUUUUGCCGUACGAUAGUGACUUUUCCAGAAAGAAAACGAAAUCCUCUCCUAUUUCAAGAAAACCUCACAACAAUAGGUCAUCACACAAUGAGCUGGAAAAACACAGACGUGCCAAACUGCGAUUGUACCUGGAGCAGUUGAAACAGCUUGUGCCUUUGGGUCCUGAAAGCACCCGUCACACCACACUGAGUCUGCUCAAACGCGCCAAAAUGCACAUCAAGAAGCUGGAGGAACAGGACAGGAAGGCUCUAAACACGAAGGAGCAACUGCAGAGAGAACAUCGCUACCUCAAACGGCGCCUGGAGCAGCUCUCUGUACAGGGUUUAGAGCGCAUCCGCACUGACAGCAUGGGCUCCACCAUCUCCACUGACUCGGAGCAAGAAGUGGACGUUGACAUAGAGGGCAUGGAGUUCACACCAGGUGAGGGGGAUAGCCUGGACAGUGUUAGCGAUGGUGAGGACCACUACAGCCUGCAGAGCAGCUCCAGCGAUGGAGGCCACCAUUCACAUUCCCACAGAUUACAGGCUCACAUCUGCUAGGCCGUGUCAGACCGCAGCAGUGUGUCACCUCCAACAUACCCAUCAGCCACUCCCAGCUGGCAGGAAGCACCUGGCUGAUUUCCACUCCCCAGAAAACUUUCUUCCCUCUAAGCCCUUUCAACGCUUUAUAUCAAACCCUCCCUAACCCCACAAAUACACACAGACAAGCAAUAUGUGGUUUUAGUAAGAACAUGUGGUGUGGUAAUGCAGUUUUAACUCGUCUCUUCUGCUGUGUAUGUAUGAGAAAUUGUGGCUCUGUUCCAAAACCUAGUAACUGCCUAGCUGUCUAUCGUCUACUUCAACGCAGUAUCCUAACUGAAAAGGAAAAAAAAAACUCUACAAAGGCUUGCUGAUGUGUAUAUGUCACAAGGCAGCAUGGUUUUCCUGUGUACUUUUUGGCUUCGUUUACACUUGCACAAAAUCCGUUUUUUUUUUUUUUUUUUUUUACUCCCACAUAGAUCAGAUAUUGUCGCAUAUGUAUGAACACAAAAAUCUGCAUCCAUUCUGAACCACUUCCAAAUGUAGUUUUUAAAUCAGAUAUAUAUUGUAUAAAUCUGAUCUAUGUCUAAACCUAUAUAUUCAUAAUGGAUGAGGGCGAAACACACAAUCAAAUCACUAGAUAAGGAACCUUUAUAAUAGGUAGAAAAUUCCACACACACAGCAACAUUCAGGAGCAUAGAAACCUGCUCGGUGAAUUUUAUAAAUAGAAUAGGUUAUCUACUGAACGCAAUAUUUUAUUUGUAACCUUGCUGAUUUUGAAGUACCUAAACUCAUAGAUUCAUGACGUAAAGAUACUGCACAGAUACAGUUAACACGUCUCUUUCUUAAAUUUAUUCAAGUGAAUAUAAUCUCACAGCGCUACCUUUUUUUGACUUCAGAAUUCUAGAUCUAAUGAAGACUACCAUUAAUUUAUCUUUCGUCUUUCAACAUCAUUGACCUUUUUACAUUUUAUAUACGGACAUCCAAAACCAGAAAGUCAACUGAGUUGCUGAAAGUGAUCACCAAAAGGAAUUGUUCUAGUUUGGACAAGAAUUAAUAUAAAUGCACAUAUGGUAUACAAGUUUUGUCUUGAAUUAAUAUAAAUAGAUGGGACAAAAAAAUCAGAUAUGAUCAAAAGAUCAGAUCUCUGCAUUCAUGUAAAUGCAGCUGUAAAUUGCUGUUCCGAAAUUGAAGCGCAAGUCUAUAAUACCCAAAAUGCUAUCUAGGCAGGCAGGUCACUGGGUUUUUGAAUAGAGCUUGCUUGUGUGUCAGUUCAUUUUGAUUUAUGGGUUUAAACAGAGUUCUUUCUUAAAAGUGAAAAUCAUAGCAUCAGACACACUAAUAGACUAAUGGAAAGGGAGCAAAAGGACAAAACUUCAGGGCACUUCACCCAACGCCGUUAAAUUGACCAUGACGAUUCAUUAAUUGGCUACUUUUGUGUAAAAGAAAAGAGAAUAUUAAUAUCUAAUGGUUGAUUCAUAGCAAAGAAUUGGUGCUCUGCAAGUGCAUCAGUGUAGUAGUCUUUAUGUAAAACUUUCAGUAGUAAAUCAUGUAGCAGUAAACUUGGAAAGCUAUGGCUUUCUUAUGCAGUGAACUGAUUCUGGACAAAAAAUGAGAGACUUGAGAAGAUGAUUAUUUUCACCUGUUAUGUUUAGAUUGUGUGUGUGUGUGUGUGUGUUUAACAGCAGUCAAACUGACAAAUCAAAACUGUAUGACCAUACUGUGUGAAGGGGGGGGGGGGAAGCUCUUUGUUGUUGAGGUGUUGGUACUGUCAGAAAAUUAUACUGAUGCUAGUUCAUUGUUAGUUCAUUGUCUUUCCCCGUAACGUACUUGCAAUAAUUUCAGAAGCCUUCUUCAGCAGUAUAAAUGCAGUGCAGUGUGCAAUAUUCAGUAUAUGAAACGAAGUUCUUCGUGCUGGGAAUUCCAUUUCUUAACAGACAGUCCCAGUCUUCAAAGCAGGUUAGACCAAAAUAAAUAACAAAAGGAAACAAAAAAAGACAAAAAACGAAUUAAUAUUUUAAAAAAAGAAGCCAAAAAAAGAAAAAUAAAUAAUGGUCACUGAAAGUGAUAUUAUAUUUUCUGUAGUAGCUUUUGUACAAUAUUUCCUAAAUAGUUAUUGAUUAAAAGACAAAUAGAGGAGGAUAUGAAAAUGAGGCCAGGCUAAUUUAGUUUGGCAUUUGUCCCUAACUGUCAUGCUGUGCCUUGACUUGUCGAAUCCCAGUUCUUUUCCCAAUCUCUUUCAUACAUCCCUCCAACCCUGCUCAAAACCACAACCUGCCAGCCCCCCGCAGCUUCCAUCCUCAGAAUAGACUCUUCCUUGUUCUUUUGAUGAGAAAUUUGGGUUAGUCGCCUCUUUCAUUUUUUUAAUUCCUCAAAAACGUGCUUUCCAUUCUGCCAUGCAACAUCAUCCACUGUGACACUGGUCAUCUUCUCGUGGCAGCUUGUCUCACCCCAUUGAAAAGUGUUACCUUAUCAACUCUGCCCUUGAGGCUCUUUUCAUAUUUUUAUGUUUUCAUUUAUGUUAUAGUCCUUAUGCCUAUGAUGUGUUUCGUAUUUCAAACAAUGAAGUGGAAGACCUUAGGAGAAGAGCAUUGGAAUCAUUCAUUAAUGGCAGCUCGAGUCCUUCCCACACUCUCCCAAAGCUAGUUUCUGUUUAGUGUUAAAGUGUGCUCAAGGCGAUCAAAGUAUUUGAUCCCCUGCCCAUAAGAGAAAAGAGACAGCAAUAUGAUUCAGUUAGUUUGUAAGGGGUUGGGUGCAUUAGAUAGCAGCACUGUUUAAAUAUUAUGGUGCAUAUUGUGACCAACACAUUGAGUUUAAUCUCUCCACUCUCUGCAAACACUGAAAGGAGUAUGGAAGCCCAUUUUCUACCAUGGAAUAAUAAAUAAUAAUAAUUAAACAAAUUGAAAACAAUACAAAAAAGAACAAAAUAAAAAGGUAAUUGUGACUUUUUAUCUCACAGUUUGGACUGUUUCUCUGUAGAUAUUAACUCAGAACUCAUAACACAAUUGUCAGUGUAAACUGAAUUCUGAGUUUUUCACUAGCCAUAAAAUAAAAUUAAAAAAUUAACACACAUAUUUUUAUAUCACAAUUUGGAUGUUUUUUCUUAUUAUUGUGAGUUUAUGUCUUUUGAUUUUGAAAUUUCUUUGUGUAGGUUUAUAUAUUACUUUAUAAUAUAUAUUAAAACAUAUUACAAUGAGAAAUAAACUCAGAAUUACAAUAUAUUUUUAUUUUAUUUUUUAUUUCGUGGCAGAAACAGGCUUCCAGAGGAGGGAGAAAAGGUUUUUUUUUUUUUUUUUUUUUUUUAUAAUAUAAUUUUGUUUUAUGUCAUUUUAAAGCUACAUUUUUAGGAAAAGUUUACAUUUAUGUCAUGGAUAUGCCUGACUGUUGUAGCAAAACUAUUCUUUUUGAGUGUGUUUCUGUAUGUUGAUCAAAAAAACUCUUGCACAGAACCUCCCAUUAACGUGCUUUGAUUGAAAGUUCAGAGAAUUAGGCAUGAGAUUUUAUAAUAUCUCUUAAGAGAUUGUAGCUUUCAUUGGCAUUAUCUAAGAAAUACUUUGUGACAGAGACAGGGCUAUUCAGUGGCUGCAGGCUUUUUUUUUUUUUUUUUUUUACUUUUUAAAACACUAAAAUGAGGAUAUGUCAGCAGACAGGCACAGAUAUAAUUAUGUGGAAAGUAACAGGUGUCCAAGUAUUUUAAACAUGUGUUCCAUUACUCUGAGGAGAGGAAGAAAAAAAAAACAGACCAGGAAGAAACAAGUGAUACUUUGUGUUUUUCUGCAGAGCAUGUACGAUUGAGAAUACUUAAAGUCAGUGCAGCUGGAAAGCUAGAUCGGAUAAAGACAGGCAGUGAAGGCUACUAAAAAAGAUCAGAGUGACCAAGAAAAAUAUAUAUCUAUAAAAAAAAUCCUUUUUACCUUUGUUAUUCACAUAAAAGCACUAAAAGAGUAAAAUAAAAAGAUUCCUGCCGUAUAGACUGUUUUAGAUAUAGACUUUUAUUUUUCUAACCCCUCCCAAUUUUGUGAGGCAUCAGGUGUAAUAUCAGAUUUAUCUUUAUAUAACUAUAGAUUUGUGACCCUUAUUUUCUGCUCACUUUUCUUCUCCCCUGCUUUUGUUUGUUUUGUGUUCAUGGAGCAGUUUGUUGACAGGUCAGCGUGUGUGGCAUAGCUCACCGAACGCUUGCGUUUUAGCAUGAGGAAAACCAUUGCGCAAAAGAGGAGACUGCGAAAGGGAGGGUUCUGUGCCAGAGACCUGUGAACAGAUUUCCUUUUAGAAAACAAGUAAUAUUAUAUGUUGUAUAAUAUUGUAAAGGUGUUAUUUCUUUUUUUCUUUGUGUGUGUGUCUGUGUACAUACACAUAUUUACCUGGUGCUGGCUAUGUUUGAGCCCAUAGGUAUUAUGUAUUCUUGUAUUGUAAUAUAAAUAAUUAAAAUGUUUUAUACAUA